AGCUGCUGCACCACAAUGAUCAGAAGACUGGCUGUUUUGAUUCUACUUAGUACCAUGUACCUGAUUCAAACUGCAGAGGUUCCUCACCCGAUCUCUUUGACUGUGGUUGAAGUUGGUAGAAAUGUAACUUUGGAGUGUCCAGUUUUUGAUAAGGGAGUCAAAUUCUUUUACUGGUACAAGCAGCCUCUUGGAUAUACGGUCCAACCUGUCAUUGCUGAAACUCAUGGCAAAUUAAUUAUUAGAAAAGAAUUUAACAACUCACGUUUCACAGCUACAAAAAUGGAUGCUCAGUAUUUUCUCACCAUUACAAAUAUCAGCAAAGAGGACGAAGCAACAUACUUCUGUCACUAUGGAGCGUUAUAUACAGAGAGUUCAAAUGGCUUCUUUUUGGCUGUGAAUGAUCGUAAUCAGCAGAAAGCUGUCUAUGUGAAACAAAGUCCGGAGACUGAGUCGGUCAAGCCAGGCAACUCAGUGACUCUCCAGUGUUCCCUUCUUUUCAAGACAAAAGGAAACACAGAUCAGUGUCCAGGUGAACACAGUGUGUACUGGUUCAGAUCUGGAUCAGGAGAAUCUCACCCAGGCAUCAUUUACACUCACAGUGAUGAAGAAGAGGAAAGAAGUUGUGUCUACAGUCUGUCCAAAAUUAUACAAAACUCAUCUGAUACUGGGACUUACUACUGUGCUGUGGUCACGUGUGGAGAGAUCCUGUUUGGUGAAGGAACUAAAGUGGAGACAAGAUCAGAACUGGAGCCAGUUGUCCUUGUUCUUGGAGUCCUGUUGGCCUGCUGUGUGACUGUAAUCACCGCCCUUAUUUUCUACAGAAAUCGAAGGAAUGUUUGUGAACAUUGCAAAGGAGCAUUGAGUGCCUCCCAUCAUCGUGAUAAUGACAGGACAACUGUGGAUCAAUCAAAUGAUCUGGAUGGUGAAGCAAGGGCAAUGAACUACGCAGGACUGGAUUUCUCAACAAGGGAAGUGAAAAGCGGGAAGAGGAAGAAGAGAGAGUCACCACCAGAGUGUGUGUAUUCUGUUGUAUAUUACCACAACCAGCACCAGCCCUCUCUGUAGACAGAGCAGGCUCUGUGGAACGAUUAUACUGUAUAUCACACACAGUAGUAAACUACAGUAUCUCUUAGUCUUGCUUUUGCAAUAUAUGCCCAUUGGUUGUUUUCUUAAUUGACACUGGA